GCGUCCUCUGAGCGAGUUUGGCCACAUGUCUACCUCGAGACUUCCGUUUCCUUCUUCAUCACGGUGUUCUACGUUGCUGAGUCCUUAAAUUCCGCAAGGUAUCCCUGUGCACUCACGAUGGGUAGGGAGGACAAAGCAAGCUGGAAAUCAAAUUACUUCACUAAACUCGUACAACUACUAGACGAUUAUCCGAAAUGCUUCAUAGUGGGCGCGGACAAUGUCGGCUCGAAGCAGAUGCAGCAAAUCCGUAUGUCACUGCGUGGCAACGCAGUGGUACUGAUGGGUAAAAACACCAUGAUGAGAAAGGCAAUUCGCGGUCAUAUAGAACGUAACGCGGCACUAGAGAAACUAUUACCUCAUAUUCGUGGUAAUGUUGGAUUUGUCUUCACUCGAGGGGACCUGAUCGAAGUGAGGGACAAAUUGCUGGAGAAUAAAGUGCGCGCUCCUGCCAGGGCGGGAGCCAUCGCGCCCUUGAGCGUCAUUAUUCCUGCCCAAAACACAGGACUCGGUCCUGAGAAGACCUCCUUCUUCCAAGCUUUAAGUAUUCCGACCAAGAUUUCCAAGGGUACUAUUGAAAUUAUAAAUGACGUACACAUCCUCAAACCUGGUGACAAAGUGGGAGCUUCCGAAGCCACUCUCUUGAACAUGUUGAACAUUUCUCCAUUUUCUUAUGGAUUGCUGGUAGAACAAGUGUAUGAUUCUGGUACCAUUUUCGCGCCUGAGAUUCUAGACAUCAAGCCUGAAGAUCUCCGUGAGAAAUUCAUGGCCGGAGUUGCAAAUUUGGCUUCGGUUUGUUUGUCAAUCGGUUAUCCCACGGUUGCCAGCGCGCCGCACAGCAUCGCCAACGGCUUCAAAAAUCUCUUGGCUAUUGCUGCUGUUACCGACGUUGAAUUCGCAGAAGCUGCUACUAUCAAGGAGUACAUCAAGGAUCCAAGCAAGUUUGCUGCUGCUGCCACUGCUGUAGCAACUCCAGCUGCUGCAGCUGCUGAUGUUGCUGCUGCGGAGAAGAAGGAAGAAAAGAAGGAGGAAUCUGAAUCGGAAGAUGAUGACAUGGGCUUUGGAUUGUUCGAUUAAAGUACAUUAUCUAAUGUAUACAAUCGUGAAGACUUUUCUGAAAUAAAAAAGAUUUUAAAA